AUGAUCAACUCAAUGCACGCGAGCAACCACCUGGGCACUAUCAGUCUGGUCACGCAGAUUCUCUCCCUCGCUAUUAUUUCGCCUUUAAUCGCGCUGCGGGCUUUUUCCAGGUUCCAGUUGCGCCACCAAGUCGGUAUUGAAGAUGGUGUGUCUCCUUCCAUGUUGUCGAUAUCUCUGCUAAUCCUUGAAGUAACAUGUUAUAUCGCAUGGGUCUUAUAUGUGGGCCAUUCUAUUUGCACUCUGUUCUACACAUACUCCGGCGGGGAAGUCUCCUCCACUUCGGAAAGCGACAACAUUGAACAGAAAUACAAAAUAUUUUACAUAGCAACAGUGUUCUACAUCCCAAUGGUCCUAUGCGUCAAAACCUCCCUAAUCUACAUCUUCAUUCGGCUCUGGAGCCCAUACCGCGGAAAAGUCAUUUCACUCUACGCCUUCUUGAUCUUUAUCAUACUAUACUACACCAUAAUUCUCUUCAUCAAGAUCUUCACCUGCAACCCGAUCCGCCUGUACUGGGAAGUCGGCCGCCUCGACGGUACAUGUUUAAACCGGUCCGCCAUUAUUGUCACUGACUCCGUCGUCAGCGUCAUUACCGAUCUGGCUAUUCUAAUAUUUCCUAUCGCUCUGACUUGGACUAUGCAUAUGUCUGUUUCUAAGAAGUUGCAUGUCAUUGCUAUCCUUGGAGCGGGUAGUACCGCGAUUGUAUUUAGUAUAUACCGCCUGUCACUGGCUAUUAUGGAGUUGGGUGCUAAUAAUCAGGUGGAUGGCUUCAUGAGGGUAUUGCUCUGCGAUAGUGCGGAAGGUGGAUUGGGUUUAAUAUGCACGUGUAUUCCGGCUAUCAAUAAGCUUUUUACUGAGGUUCGCCGGAAACGACGGGAGAAGAGGGAGGAGAAACAGCGGGGCAAUGGAUUUUCGCGGCCGAGUCUUCGGCCGAGUGAUGCGGAGAGUGCAAGUUUGUUUUUACACACUUUGCCAUCAAUACUUAGCCAAGAAUCUUAA